AUGUUUAUCGGGAAAAGGAAGAAAAAAGUCUUUCUCGAGCACUGCGGUGUUUCUUUUUGUCUCGUUUGCGGGCGGGACAUUUGUCGAGGAAUUUCCCCAGAUUAUUUGGAAUUGUCGUCUCCCUUUUUCCCUUACCAUGCAUAUUGGAAAAACCCUUUGUGCGCAAAUUCCUCUUGGUCCCUUAAUGGGCUUCCUCUAUUCUUCCGCGGCCAAAAAGAAAUUUUGGUGGAGAAGGGGUGCGAAAUUUACCGAGCCCGCGGAUUGCCACAGAAAAUGCCGUGCAGACGGAAAAUCUGGGGAAAAAGCAAUUCCCCACACAAAAGGACCACCCCGCAACUCCCCAUUAUCGCAUUAAGAAUCCAGACAUUUCACAGCGGCUCUGCGGCUGCUUCUUUGUGUCCCAACAUCUGUCGUCGAGCUUUAUUGCUUUUACGCCGAGGAUUUGUUCCCUCGAGAAACUUUUUGUUCCUUCUUUUCUUUUUUGGAAGCUAUUUCAAACAAUUCCAAAUAUUUGAUAUAAAAAGGAUACUAUAUUCCAUCCAGGAGAUUCAAUUGUUGUUUGUGCUUUCACUUCUAUUCUUAAUGUCUUUCCUUUAA